CUCCUCCAACUCCUCCUCCUCUCGUUGCGCGUGUAUUUUUAGGUCACCGGAGCGGCGGGAUAGGUAAUCCCCGGGCUCAAGUUCCUAAAAGAGGCGUGUCUCUGGCCGGAGGUGGAGUCACACUUCUGUUGCUUUCUUUUUUUUCUCCUUUUGCGUUUAAAUCCCCGACUAUAAAAUGGGCUUAAGGAGAAGCGGGAUCUCAUCGGCUCAGCCGACCGGAGCAAAGAGGAGGAGGAGGAAGAGAAGGAGAUUUUUUUUCCACGCGUGUCUCUCUCUGCUGCUGCGGGUCCUCUCCUCCAAGUGGCGGCACUCUUCUUGCUACUACUGUCCCGCGCGGGAUGUGAGCUAUCCCCGCGUGGAAUUUUUUGUUAUUGUCACGCGUGGAAUUUAUUCUCCCCACGCGUGGAUUCCUGAUUUUCUCUCUCUCUCCACGGUCCCGCGUGGGGCGUGAGUUUUUUUUCCCGCGUGGACAUUUCUUUAUUGUCGCGCGUGGAAAUUUCUUUUCCACGCGUGGAAUUUUCUUUUCCUCCUCCACGCGUGGAUUUUUCUCUUUUCUCGUUCCGAGCGGGGAUGCUGCUCCCCCCGAUGGGCUCGCAGCCCUUGCAAGCGCUGAGCCAGGCGGCGGCGUGCGUCCUGCUCCUGCCCCGCUUCCUCCUCACGGCCCUCAUGCUGUGGCUCCUGGACUUCCUUUGCAUCCGCAAGAAGCUGCUCCUGACGCCUCGAGAGGGCGAAGAGGAGGAGGAGGAAGAGGAGGGAGAGACAGGUGAGGCCUCGGAGGCGGCUUCUCUAAGGGGCUCUCCUUCUGCUCCUCCCGCGCCCGGCUCGUCGUGCUCCUCGGUGGACGACCCCCCGCUCUGCGUGUCGGACUCGAACCGCAUGUUCACGCUGGAGUCGCUGAAGGCGGUGUGGCACGGGCAGAAGCUGGACUUCUUCAAGGCGGCGGCGGUGGGGGCGGCGGCGCCGGACCCGGAGGUGGUGCCCCUGGAGCGGGCCGAGGCGCCGGUGCGGCUGCUGGACUUCGCGCGGGGCCCGCGCCCGCUCAUCCUCAACUUCGGCAGCUGCACCUGACCGCCCUUCAUGGCGCGGCUGCGGGCCUUCCGCCGCCUGGCCGCGCGCUUCCUGGACGUGGCCGACUCGCUCCUGGUCUACAUCGAGGAGGCGCACCCCUCCGACGGAUGGGUCAGCUCCGACGCCGCCUACGCCAUCCCCAAGCACCGCUGCCUCCAGGACCGGCUCCGCGCCGCACGGCUCAUGCAGGCCGGCGCCCCCGGCUGCCCCUUGGCCGUCGACACCAUGGACAACGCCUCCUCCGCCGCCUACGGGGCCUACUUCGAGCGCCUCUACAUCGUCCAGGACCGCCGCGUGGUCUACCAGGGCGGGCGCGGGCCCGAGGGCUACAAGAUCGCCGAGCUCCGCGCCUGGCUCGACCGCUACCGAAAGAGGCUCGCGCGGCCCAGCGCCACCACCACCGCCGGGCCCAGCACCGUCGUCGUCCAGGUGUAGAAGCCCACGCCACACCGCUCUCCACCCGCCCCUCCUCUUUCCAAAGGCAAGCUCAACCCCGAGAGACACCUGGGCGGGUCGAGCU